AACCAGACGUUCAACUUUUUUGUUUGUCCGUGUUUUGUUUGAGAAAAAAUAAAUUUUGUCUCAAUUGCCGAUCUAAACAAAGAUUUACCAUGCGAUAAGGAAUCAUCUAUUUUUCGUUUAUUUGUAUACAGUCUAGUGAGCCAGAAAACAGCAUAAAAUGAGUGAAUUGACUCCAGAUGAGAUUCGAAGAAGACGCCUUGCCCGUCUUCAAGGCAACAGAAGUGCACCAAGUACACCAGCCUCCUCUACAUCCUCAAAUGCAGGGGAAUCCCCCAGCCUCCUAGUUGGUUCAGAGAACCAGUCCGGUACAGAGAGUCCUGGACAGAUGGACACACAGUCUGUUGAAUCACAAGCUUCAGAAGAUACUGGUAUGUCAAGUAACCAUGGGUCUGCUGCCAGUCUGUCAAGCAGCCAAGGAUCAACACCUAGACCAUCAAGUAGGACUCCACCAGCAUCGUUAAAAGUGGAACCGGUGGGAGGGGACUCAUCACAAACAGCUGAUAUGGACUGUUCAGAAAAACAUACCCAGUCACAGAUGGAUGUGGAUUCUGGUAUAGAAACAAUGGAAGUGGAUGAACUAGAAUCUCGACAGGAAGCCAAAAGGCGCAGGGAUGCCAGUAUUGGUUCAGAAGCAACAGAUGAGCAAAUGAUCAACUCAAUAUGCAGGGUGUUUCAAGUAUCUUACAAGGAUAAAACUCCAUCAGCAAUUCAUCUACCUGAAGUCACAGAGACUGUCCAACAGGAAGCUGUAGAUACAAAAGAAGUGAUAAACCAGACUGUGAUGGACGUGUUAUUCAAGAUAAAAGAAUCAGACACAAAUCCAGUACUCAGUCUAAAACCAGCAACUCCUGAUGUUUCACCAAUGAAAAACUAUGGAACUAGUCCAGUGGGGGCCAGUCCAAUGUUGAUGACACCAGAGCAGCCAAGGAGAGAAUUUACAUGUAAAUUACGCCCGGUAAAGUGCAAGGAGGUGGAAAUGAUAAAUUAUCUGGUGGACAGCUAUGAGAGGGUAGCUGUAGAAGAAAGAAUGGCACCAAAGAGAGCCAGUGUUCCUCCUAUGAGUGAUAUGUUAUCAUCAGCAAGGAAUCAGUGUAUCUGUCACACAUCUCUUGUAUUACAAGGAGGGUUAACUAAGCCUAGAUCUCAAGCAGAAAUGUCAUUAUUACUGCCAUAUCUCCUAUCACAUAACCUACCACGUGGCUUUCUCUCAGAAUUGAUAUACACAACCCAUCGUGAUCAAGAUAGUUUCAGAAAGGUUUUUGUGCCAGUUCUGCAGAGUUUACAGCGUCAUGUCCUAACUCUAUCCCUAGACAACGAUGACUAUAGAGAUGUCUUAUCAGUGCUCAGUGAACUUGUCGAAGUUAAAUGCGGAUCUGUAAGGCCUAUCUGUAAUCUGAUGGUACAGUUAUCAAACUGGUUACCAGAUGUGUUUAGUCAGGCAGCUGGGAUGGAAGUUGCCAGAUUAUCUUUCCUCGGACCUUUCUUUGCUCUCAGUGUGUUUGCCGAGGACAAUACAAAAGUGGUAGAGAAACAUUUCUCAGGACAUCAGUUAACUCCGGAAAAUGUCCGCCUUGUUCAUCAGUCAUUGCAGCAUAGAAUGCAGUAUCUCAGGGAGGAAUUAUAUAAGAUUCUUCAUUGUGUAUUGGUGAAUGGAGAAACACGAGAGGCAGCCAUGACAUAUAUAGCUACAGCUCUAGACAGAAACUCCAAGAAAUCUCAGAUUGUGGUGAAUGAAAAUUUGGUGGCAGGAGAAGGCUUCAUGUUAAACAUGCUCACUGUACUUCAAAAACUCUCCAUGAGAAUUUCACUGGACAAGGUGGACCAGUACUACAUGUUCCAUCCCCAGUGUAGAGUAACCUAUAAAUCAGAGGCCAGGUUGAAAAUGUCCUCACAGGAGGCAGAUGAAUGGAUCGAAAAACUAAGGAAAGAAUCCAACCCACCAUGGCAGGAACCAAAGUUUCCAACAGAAUGUUUUACAGUGACAGUUUUCUGUCAUCAUCUAUCCAUAUUGCCUGCUGUAAGAAAACACCAGCGAUGUCUACGUGCAAUACGUGAAUUGUCUCGAAUCGUUGAGGAGAUGGAAAACUCAGAAUCUCUAUGGCGGCACUUGCCUACAGCUUCCAGGAAUAGAGAAAUCAUGAAGAAAUACAAGUCACAAUAUCAGCGGUUACAAAAGAGCAAACUUUGUGCAGAAGCUGCAAUAAUGGAUGAGUCAUUGCUCAGAAAAUGUCUACAAUUUUACAGUCAGCUUUCAGACUACACGCUUACAGUGGCUGAUCCUGUGAAUAAAGGUCAAGUGUUACCAUUGCCUAAUGAAGUGUCAAGAGUGUUUGCCGCGUUACCUGAAUACUACCUGGAAGAUAUAGCAGAAUUUACUCUUUUUGUUGCUCAGGCCAUGCCACAUGUGUUAGAGGAUCCAGCCACAGACAAAGUUAUCCAAUUGCUCAUUGUGUUCACGUGUUCAGCACACUAUUCCAAUAACCCAUACCUAGUAGCCAAGCUUGUAGAAGUGAUGUUCUACUUCAACCCCAAUGUUCAGCCUCGUAUGGAGAAAAUCCAUGAACGGUUCUUGUUACAUGACUUAUCCAGGGAGUUCCUCGCAGCUGCCCUCAUGCAGUUUUAUACAGAUAUUGAACAAACUGGUUCCAGUAAUGAGUUCUAUGACAAGUUCAGUAUAAGGUACCAUAUCAGUAUCAUCUUUAAAUCCAUGUGGACCAUACCAUCUCAUCAACAGAAAAUGAUCGAAGAAGCCAACAAAGGGAAACAAUUUGUGAAGUUUGUGAACAUGUUGAUGAAUGACACUACGUUCUUGCUGGAUGAGAGUUUAGACUGCCUGAAGAGAAUACAUGAGGUUCAAGACGAAAUGGCCAAUACUGAGGAAUGGAGCAAAAAAUCUAGUGAACAACAAAGGAACCUACAGCAACAGCUGUCGACAGAUGAGAAACAAUGUAGAUCAUACCUCACCUUGGCAACAGAAACUGUCGACAUGUUCCACUACUUAACUGACAAAAUACAGAAACCCUUCCUCAUUCCUGAACUGGUUGACAGAUUAGCUGCCAUGUUGAACUUCAAUCUACAGCAACUUUGUGGUUCAAAAUGUAAAAAUUUGAAAGUGAAAAAUCCAGAGAAGUAUGGCUGGGAGCCCAAAAAAUUGUUGAACUCUCUGACAGAUAUUUACCUGCAUCUUGACUGCCCGAAAUUCUGUGAGGCCAUUGCAAAUGAUGAGAGGUCCUAUAGAAAGGAGCUGUUCGAGGAUGCCAUUGUGAGAAUGAGGAGAGCCUGUAUUAAAACAGAGACAGAAAUAGAAAAGUUCAAGAACAUACAAGACAAAGUAGAAGAAAUUGUGGUGCAGAAAGCAAGGGAAGAGAGGGAUUAUGGUGAAAUUCCAGAUGAAUUCAGAGAUGCUUUAAUGGACACCCUGAUGAAGGAUCCUGUAGAGCUACCCAGUGGUAAUGUAGUAGACAGGCAUAUCAUUGUUAGACAUCUUCUCAACUCACAAACUGAUCCCUUCAAUAGACAGCCCCUUACAGAAGAUGGCCUGUUCCAAGGAAUGAUCUGA